UGGACCAAUGAGAGCUAAUCAGUGUGAGGAUGCGGGAAGCACAGUGUUCGGCAGGUCUCUAGAUGAAUCUUUACGUCCAUGAGAUGAAGUGACAGCGCGUUUCUGACUUCUUUCUGCGUCUCUUCUGUUUCAGUCAAACAGUUCUUCACACAUCCAGGUGCUGUGUUCAGUCAUGCAGCUGAUCCCCAGCCGCUCUGCAGCUCCUCUCAGCUCUCUGGCUCUCUUCCUGCUGCUCUGCUGUCACAUGACCAGCACUCUCAGCCAGAAGUCUGACUCUGCCCUAGCUGUGGUGGAGAAUACUGAAGGAGAAGGAGAAGUGGAGGUGACGGAUGUAGGAGAUGAAGGAGACUUCGAGGUGGUCCAGCCUACAGAGGAGUGGCAAACACUCAAACCAGGUCAGGCGGUGCCCGCAGGCUCUCAUGUGCAGCUGAACCUGCAGACGGGUCAGAGGGAGGUACGGCUGGGAGAGGAGCAGCUCAAAUACCUGGACCAGGAGCACAGAGAGACAGAAGAGACCUCCAUCAGUCCGGAGGAGCUCCAACGGGUCAUGAAGAAGAUAAAGGAGGACAUGAAGCCGGAGAGCGCAGAGCACCAGGACUCGGUGGCGUCCCGGUUCCGUCCCAUGGAGGAGUUAAAGAGAGAGAUGGCUGAGCUGGACCUGCUGGUGCAGACGGAUGAUCAGAUAAUGAGGCGUCUGCUGGAGCAGUUUAACAGCAGCAGCAGCACCACGGAGCAGAGGCUGAGCAUCCUGCUGGAGCUGGAGUACUUGGUGCAUCAGGUGGACAACGCUCAGAACCUGUGCUCCAUGGGGGGGCUGCAGCUGGUGGUGGAGACCCUGAACAGCUCUGACUUCAGACUGCAGGAGAGCUCCGCUUUCGUCCUGGGAUCAGCUGUGUCCAGUAACCCGGAGGUCCAGGUGAAGGCCAUGGAGGGGGGGGCUCUGCAGACGCUGCUCACCAUGCUGGCCACAGAUCAGCCGCUGUGGGUCAAGAAGAAGGUUCUCUUUGCAGUGGCCUCCCUCUUACGCAACUUCCCCUUCGCCCAGCGCCACUUCCUGUCCCGGGGAGGGCUGCAGGUGCUGUCGGAGCUGUUCAGGGGGGACCGAGGGGGGGUCCUGCGCACUCGUAUCGUCACCAUGCUCUACGACAUGAUCAGUGAGAAGGAGCUGAUCUCCCAGGCCGGUCUGGACCCGGGGCUGCACGCCUCCCACCAGGAGCUUCUGCGGCAGUACUCUCUGGUGUCUCUGAGGGAGGGGCUGCUGGAGGAGGGGUGGUGCAGUCUGAUCCCAGAGCUGCUGGACUCCACCGAGCACGACUUCAGAGAGAAGGCUCUGCGGGCCAUGCUGGCUCUGGCUCCGGUGUGUGUGGAUCAGUACCGCUCUCACAGCUCCCUGAAGGCCUCGCUGCUCCUGCUCAGAGAACAGUACCAGGACAUGAUCCAGUCCCAGAUGAUCCUAGGAGAGGAGAACGAAUACUUUGAAGAGAUGAUGGACCUUAUAAACGCUCUACACGUCAAACUCCGAUGAGCAGAGGAGCGCUCAGUGGCCUCAGCUCUACAAACAGAUAGGAGUGCACAGACUUCUGAAGUAACCAUGAACAGAAGGACAAACUCCCGAGACUUCAUCUACUGAGUUCAAAACCAGGAUGGACCUGUGGCAUCAGAUUGUGGGUUUGGGAUCAGAAUAACCUUUUCUCUUUUUGGUGUUGUCAUUGUAAAAUGUUUGACUCUGUUUUCAGAGUUUAAGAAUAAAUUAUUAUUUAAAAAUGA